UUGGAAUAUUUCCCCACUCUGUGUAACAUACACACCAGGAUCCCCACGAAACGUAAAAGGACCUUAUUUGGGAGUUCGGUUACACUGUGCCUUUCUUCACAAAGGAAAACUGAAGAUAAUUAUAUUUAAUCCUGCCCCUGAGGAGAAAAUGCCUUGAGACGGUUUGUGAAAGGAGAGUUAAAGGAUCCGUAGAUUCAGUCCAGUAAUCAUAGUCACCACCUCAGACCGUCUGACAGUCACGUUCGAUAAAGCUAUCAUGGAUGACAGCAAAGGGGGAACGCAGGAGGCCGAUAUCCAAAUGGAGUCUCCGUCAGAAUCGUGGUCUCCAGAGAAAUGCCCAGAGAGUGAAGACAGCUAUUGUGCAGACCAGCUAUGUUCUCCACCUCUGAAUAAUGAAAGAGAAAAGGAGACCAAAAGCCCUAAUAAGGCUUUUAGUAGAAUACUGAGCUUCAGCGGGGAGUUCUCGAAAUCCUUCAAAAAAAUAUCAAGAAAGGACUCUGGAAUCCUUCGAUCCAGCAAAUGGUUCCCAAAGAGAAGCUUUAAACAGAUAGAAGAUCGUGGGCAUGCUAGUAAAGAAGAUAGCAGUGUUUCAAAAGAAAGUGGGGAGUUUGGAGACAAUAGUAUUAAAAGUGAACCAGUGUCUGAACAUAAAAAGAGCCCUUCUGGGUCUCUGGAGAAAUGCACAGAGAGUGAAGACAGCGAUGGUGUGGCCCAGUUAAAUUCUCCACCUUUGAAUAAUGAAGGAGAAAAGAAGACCAGCAGCCCCAAUAAGUCUCUCGCUCCACGUCUCACGUCCACUGAAGAGAUCGCAACAAAAGAGCCUGGGAUCCUCAGAAACAGCAAACGAUUUGCAAGCAGAGGUUUCAAAUGGAUAGAAGAUCGGGUACGUGCCCAGAAAGAAAACAGAAGUACUUCAGAGCAAAGUGGAGGGCUUGAAGGCCAUUGUAUUAAAAAAGAACUCCUGCCUGUAAUGGAAAUAAAUAAACUUAUUCAGACAAGGGAACUUUUAAAGGCAAUUGAAAACAUCAGGGAUUUGGAAACGGAGCUUAUGGCUGAAAGAAAUGGCAAGAAAUAUGAAGAUAACCCCAAGGAAUACAGUGUGAGGGCUAAGGAUGUUGACUUGCUGUAUGAUCAUAUUUCGAAAGCCAUCCAGCAAAUGGUGCAAGAAACGUUGGAUCUGCCUAGCGUUGAUGAAAAGGCAUUGACUUCUCUGGUGACUUUAAUUGAAGAGGAAAAGAAAGCUCACCCCGAGGCCUCAAAGGCCACCGGCUCCUUUGGACCGGUAUCCCUCAGCUCUGCCAGGAACUGGAGAGGGCUCUGGAAGGAAGCUGUCAAUCAAAGCGCCAACGAAAGGGUCUGUAAAGUGCAGAUGCCCUUGAAGGAGGGAAACCCAUCUUGGCUCUCUCUACACUUAGGGUUUCUCAGAACUGCCAUAAAAGAAGAUUUGUUGAAAGUCAAGCUUCAGGUACAUAAAUGCUACCCCCAGGAUUAUAACGUAUGUGAUACAUAUACGGGAGCGUUCCACAAGGCCGUCUCUUUGCACUUAAGUGGCAUCCUGGAAGAUUACAGCCUGACAUUCAAUGAGGCCUAUGCCUUAUUCCAUUGGAUCGCUAAUGAAUAUCACAGUGAAAAGUGCUUAGGACAUCCUGAUCUCAAACCUGAAAUAAAAACUGAAGACCUGCCCAACCUGUUAAGUCCAGAAGCUUUAGAUAAACUGGAAAAUGAUUACCUUAAUUCUGUAAAGGAGAAAACAAAGAUAUGCCUGGACAAUAUUCUGAAGCUGCAGACCAAGAGAAAAUGGGAUUCAGAAGUACAGCCAGAAGCUCUGCAAAGCCAACAGUACUCGUUGCUUGCCCUUGAUAUUCAAACGAUGAUUGGACAACACGUGAAGGCCUCUGGCUGCAUCAGCAACAGCCUGGAAACUGCAACGCUCGAAGUCAGUUUAAAAGAAGUGAUGGAAUUCGUGCCUCGCUUUGAGAAAGCAUUUCUGGAAUGGGACAAGGAGAACAAUCACCCCCAGUUUGUGGAACGUAUGGUGACCUAUGUUAAUGACUUCCAUGAUUUGUUGACAGGCUUAGAAAAAAAUUUUAGUGUCAGCUGCCAAGAACUGGAAAAGAGCCUGAAUGAUAUGGUGCGGAGUUACCAGAAACAUUUUUUACAUAAACUGAGACUGCAAACCCAGCCAAUGUUUAAGAAUAUCCUAAGCCAACAGUGGAUUUUACGUGGUGGAACUUUUGACUCAUUCAUCAUGAAAGUGCUGUCGGUCACUGAAGAAUUUUCUAAGCCCUUAACUCAUCUGCAGGAACCCAUUCACAAGGAUUUUCUCAAUGAAAUUCACAAAUACGUGGUUAAGGAAUAUAUCGUGCAGAUCCUGAAGUCAGGUGGCAAAAGAAGAAGGAGAAAACGAGAAGAGAUCAGCAAGCUGAUGAAACAAGAAGCCACAAUAAUAGAUAAUACUAUGAAAGAUCUGGGUUCCAGUUCUGAUUGGCUCUUCCCUGCCAUUCCACACAUUGCAGACAUCAUUGGCGAGAAGAAAAAACGAAAAGUCAAAGACUAUCUUAAAGACUUGACUCAGGACUAUCCGGAUAUUAGGAGGGAACACAUUCUGUCUCUUCUUGCCCUCCGAGGAUGGUGGUGGAACCAGAGACAAUCAAUGGCCGACCAGAUCGAUGGACUAUCAGACGGGUUAGAAACUGGAUCCAACAGAACACUCUUUGCUGAAAUUGAACUUCCGAACACGGUUCAGUGCUUUUGAAAAUCAGCAAAAAUGAAAUGUAAUGCUUGGACAUUUGAUGUAUUUAUGUGUUUAAGAACAUAAAAGAAGCUUGUUUGUCAGUGCAUUUAUCAUCUAGCCAAGUACUAUCUUCCUUCUGAUCAUGUAUAGCCCUCCAAACCCUACUGCCUGAAGGUCAAACUAGACAUUAUGGAGGAAUCCUAUACCCACCCAUUCCCAGUGGGUGGAUCUAUUUUUAACAAUGGAGCACAUAGGUGAGGGGAAUUAAGUUUUGCCCCCUCCAAUUCAUUGCCUUUUUGAGUUCUGUUGCUUUUAGCUUUUUUUUCUCCCAAUGUGACAGGCUUUUCCUUCCAACUGAGGGAACCCACACAGCCUCUUAUAAUUUUAAGGAACUAGGCUCGUUUUGAAAUGUAAGCCUUCCCCUCAGUUGCAAGUUGUUUUAUAGUAGCAAGUGUAAAGACUUUGGGUUCUCUACUCUGAGGUUAGUUUUGUGUUAAGGACGCAGAAAUUAAAGAAAAUAAAGAAAUAAAAAAAAUGUACACUUAAGGAAAGAAAAAUGUCUCAAUAAUGUAAUGUUUCUGCUGUUCUGGUAUAAUAAUGUUAAUCGCAUGCAUUGUUAAAUUAUGCUUUGUUAUUGUACAUAUGUUUAUUAGAUUGCUGAGAAUAAACAUUUAUUAAAAAAAAAGAACUCAGAAAUCAUUGAAGCAAGCUUAACUAAGCAACGACGAGGAUUUAUUUAUGUACAAGUCAGUUUUAAAGAACAGAUUAGCAGCCCAGGUCUAGCUUUUCUAGUUAAGUGAAUGGCUGAAGUGAGCGAUCAUGGAUAUCUAGCAAAGUUUUAUUUCCGUUAAGGGUUGGUAAGUUCUUUCCCUCCCUAAUUUCUCUCUUUCAUCUUUAAUGGAACAGAGCAGAGAAGAUCAAAGCAAAGGGAAUCUUUUUCGAGGGUACCUUAUUGACUCUUGGCAGUCCUGGGUAUAUUAACCUUAAAGAGGUUAUUGUAUACCUGCUGGGA